GCCCGGGUCUCGUUCUCGGGUCUCGGCGGUAACGGGCGCGCCGUUUGUAACAUGUCUCCGUUCAUGGAUCGAUUCAAAACUAAUCGCAACCACGCAUAACAUGGAGACGGGGCCGGACGAGAAUGUGGGAACCAAAUGCAGGAGGCUGGCCCCGCGGCUGCGUAGCUGUUCUGUAGUAUCAACUCCCUUGUUGCCCUCCGUGAGGACGUACGUGGCGCCGUGCUUGGUGUUAUGGUCGGUGACUGGUAAAAAACCGAAGCCGUUUCUCCCUUCAUCGAUUUCAUAAGUUACGUCGCUUUAUUUGCGUUCGUUGUGCACAAAGCGAAAGCCAGGGAGUUGAGUGGAGGAGAUCGAGAUGUGACGCUUCAGGAGGAGUCAAAGCACGGCUGCGUCAUACGAGCCUAGAAACAGAAAGUGAAAUGUAGUACCGAGAGUGCCUUAUGAGUGUCGUAUCGUGUACUUCUUGGUCCAGAUGCAGUUCGCGUAUUAGUUCUUUGUGACUAAUAAAGAUGAAGAACAAGAAUAUAGUAGGUAUCCCGAUCAACUACAUUUCCCCAGCACAAAAGUAAGCGUUGACAGAGCAUCAAAAAAAAGCACGAUAUCUUCAGCAACAGUUCGAAAAACAAGAUGCCGGUGAAGAAGCACCCGCCGACAGUUUUCUAUUGGUCCAAGAUUCGCUCUAAGUGGAUGGAGGCGAAGUUGGAAAUGACGGCCCUCGACACGAACGACAAUGUCGUACUUUCUUUUUAUUUUCAGUCGUAUUUACUCUAUGACCGAGAGCGGCCUGAUUCAUUCGUAAUUCGCUCAUGUUCAUGUUGUGUUUAGAUUGAUGUGAUGCAUAAGCAUAGUUUCGAUUUUAAUUUUUCCAAAAUGCUGACGACAUAAAAAUGCAGCUAUACCACGACCUGGAUAUCAAACCGCGGGCCAUCAAACGGGAGCCUGUUCGAUUCCGAUUGCAUCAGCCUCUGCACGAAACCGCGUCCGGUGCGCUGAUCGGUAUUAUACUUUGUAAAGUAAUCUGUGAUGUGUUCUUGGAGCAACUAUUUCCUGAUGCAUGUUGCAAACACGAUGAAAUACAAAUAAAGCAGAAAUAGAAUACGCAGAAUCAGAUUCAAAUUGCGAGCAAUGUAUCCUGGCGGUCAGCUCCUUCAGAUCGCGCUCGUAGCUGCAGUGCAACCACACGACAAACUCUAUACUAAAACCCCAGUGCCGCCCUCGGUGGACGUGGACCUAUGGUGCACGACCGGAGCCGUAGAACCACUGUCGGUGCCAGCGUCUGAGCACUGAGACUGCCGGCCAACAUCCUCGAUGUUGACUUAGCCCGUCCAGCACCAGGUGGAGGCGAAUUUUGUAUUACUCAGUAGUAUGUGUAUGAGUAUCACGGUUUAUUUAAAAUGAUGUGCUGUAAUGUAGCUGUGUUGUAACCUGUAGCAAGAGAGGUUAAAAUGAAUUAUGUAUGAAUGGAAUAGCAACUUCUGUGUAAAGUCCGUCUAUGUACAAUGAAUUACCACCAGACCACGUAUAAACUGUAAUUGAAAGAGUCCGACUCCCGCACAGCGUUGUACGAUUCGAGCAGAACUUCAACUUUUUGAAUUGAUGGUUUAUUUUGAUUCUGCACAACUUUAAAUCAAGCCUGCGUAGCCUUGUCGCAAGUGAAGGAGAAGGAAAGCCAAUGGGCAUCAAAACCACUACGACGAGAACAGAAGAUCAAAAAUGUAAAUGUUCCUCUGUUCGCUGCCUCGUAGUUUGACCAAUACGACACGAAAAGAUAAAGCCAUG